GCAAUCGAGAUUGAAUACUUCCGUUUUCGUAAAAACAAUCACAAGGAAUACUCACAGGUCAUUGCCCAUUUAGAUAAGCAAUCAUGUUGAUGCCAGCGGGUCUUCUCGCCAACAAGAGUGCCAUCAUCACAGGCGGCACAACCGGCAUCGGCCGUGCCAUCUGUCUCGAAUUCCUGCGACAAGGUGCAAAUGUUGUAGUCAAUCAUCUAGGCCUCGAGAAGGAUAAACCUCAUCUCGACUCUCUCAUCGCCGAGGCUGACGCUAUCCGCAAAGCAUCAUCCACAGCUGGCCUUCUCGAUCAUCAACCAGGCGACGUUCGCGAUCCUGCAACCGCAACAGAACUGGUCAAGAAGGCCGUCGAGCACUCUCCCAAGAAGCGGCUUGACGUGUGUGUGUCAAAUGCUGGUAUUUGCACUUUUGCCGAUUUCCUGACGCUCGAGCCGGAUCUGCUGUAUUCAACAGUGAGAACAAACUUGGAUGGUGCCUUUUACAUUACCCAAGCCGCCGCCAGGCAGAUGGCUCUCAACCAGGAACCUAAGGGAGGGAGUAUCAUAGGCGUUUCCUCCAUCUCGGCUCUUGUCGGAGGUGGCCAGCAGACACAUUACACUCCUACCAAAGCAGGAGUUCUGAGCUUGAUGCAAAGCACAGCAUGCGCAUUGGGAGAGCAUAACAUCCGGUGCAAUGCUCUUCUCCCUGGCACCAUCCGCACGCAGCUGAACGAUGCUGACCUGGCUGAUGAUGCGAAGAGAACUUACAUGGAAGGUCGUAUCCCGCUGGGAAGGACAGGCUCACCCUCUGACAUGGCUGGUCCGGCUGUCUUCCUGGCUUGUCCAGAGUUGAGCGGAUACGUGACGGGCGCACAGCUUCUCGUCGACGGUGGACUCUUCGUCAACCUUCAGUGAAGGAGAGAAGAUUAAGCUCGUGGGGAGAAAUGGGGAUAUGGAGAAGUGGAGAAGCGGAGGCGAAGCGCUACAUUGAGACGAGAUCGAAACCUGGAGAUAUUAUGAACAUAGGGAACAAGGGUUUGCCGCGGAGACGAGUCAAUGUUGGUCUUGUGGGGAUAUUCCUUCUUGAGUCGCGGAACACCAAUAUUACCUCAUGGGGUUGGUAUGUAGAUGUUUUGUCACAAAAGUAUUGGAUAUCAGAACUGUAGGUAUUCAUCCGUGCGACUGG